GCCGUGACGGACAGCGAGGUGCCGGCCGGGCCGCCGCUGCAGGUGUCCGUGGAGGCGGCCUCCUCGACGCAGCUGAGGAUCACCUGGCAGCCGCCCGACCGCACCCUGUGGAACGGAGACAUUCUGGGCUACGUCAUCGGCUUCCGACACCUAGGGUCGGCGGAGGAGUCGUUCAACUACACGCGGGUGUCGAUGACCGGCGACGUGUCGGGGGACUUUCGACUCUCCGGGAUGGACAAGUACACCCAGUACCAGGUCGUGGUGCAGGCCUUCAACACGCGCGGGGAGGGCCCGCAGUCCCCCGUGGUGAUCGCGCAGACGCUGGAGGACGCGCCCGGUGGGCCGCCGCGGGAGGUGCAGUGCUCGGCGCUCACGGCGCACAACCUGCAGGUGGGCUGGCUGCCGCCCUCACCGCACCUGGCGCACGGCAUCAUCCAGGGCUACCGCCUCAUCCACGAGCCGGCCGACGACGACGAGACCUCGGAGAGCGCUGCGCGUGAGAGCAAGGCCAUGACGUCCACCAACACGGUGCUGCACGGCUUGGUGCCCGCCGCCAACUACUCCAUCCAGGUGCUCGCCUUCACUCGCGCCGGGGACGGCGUGCCGAGCAAGCCCAUCGUCUGCAGCACGGACGAGGCCGCGCCCGAGCCACCGGAGCGCGUCAAGGCCGUGGUGCGGUCCUCCAAGAGCGCGGUGCUGAGCUGGACGCCGCCGCGGCGCGCCAACGGCCGCAUCGUCAAGUACACGGUACACGUGCGCCAGGUCGGCGACCGGGUGCCCGUCGUCAAGGGCACGGUGCCGGCCUCGCAGCUGCACUACGACGUGCAGGACCUCAGCCACGAGCACUCGUACGAGGCGUGGGUCACGGCCUCCACCAAGGUGGGGCCCGGCCGACAGUCGCGGACCGUGCCGCUCUCGCCCAGUCCCGGGGCUUCCGUGAGCGCCGGCAUCGUGUCGUGGGGACGCAGCCUGGUGCUGCCUCACCGCACCAACGUGACGCUGGCCUGCCUGGUGGUGGGCGCGCCGCCGCCCGCCGUGGAGUGGAGGCACGCCGACGUGCGCCUGGACCCGCAGCCGCAGCCCGGCCAGGGCGGCCAGGGCGAGCACCACCUGCUGCUGGCCAACCUGCAGCGCACCGCCGAGGGCAACUACUCGUGCCACGCCAGCAACGCGGCCGGCAGCGACGCCAUCGUGUACUCGCUGCAGGUGCAGGUGCCGCCGACAGCCCCGCUGCUUCUGACGACCACCACGACGGUGGACACGGUGCAGCUGCAGUGGAAGCAGGGCGACAACGGGGGCGCGGCGGUGCGCGGCUUCGUGCUGGCGUUCCGCCGCGAGCUGGGCGAGUGGGAGGAGGCCGCCCUGGACCGGCGCGCCUCCACGCACCUGCUGUCGAACCUGCACUGCGGCACGCGCUACCAGUUCACGCUCACCGCCUUCAACAAGAUCGGCAGCGGCGCGGCCUCGGCGCUGCGCACCGCCACCACCAAGGGCGGCAAGCCCGCCGCCGCGCCACAGUCGCAGUUCCUGCUCGUCAACGCCACGGCCGCCACGCUGCACCUGCCCGCCUGGCAGGACAACGACUGCCCCAUCCUGUACUUCGUGGUGGAGUACCAGGCCGACGGCGACGACUGGGUGCUGG